UCGCAAUUUCUCCGUGAAAGCCGACUGUACGUCCAUUCGACAUUUACAUUUUGUGGAAUAAAGGUGUUAUGUGCAAAAUUUGUUUGAUUUUCCUUGUGAAAAAAGGAUAAGAGUGUGUUGAGAAAAUUCUUAUCAAACCCAUUGAAGAAAAAUAUUCGAGCUGUAAUUUUUCCCAAAAUCUAUGUCGAAGACGAGAAGGGAGUGAUUAAAAUUACGUAUCAUUCCUUUUGGGGGAGAGGCAAUUUGAGGAGUGUUGAACACGCGAGUCAGGAAGAGAACAUCAUCAAGAUGGCAGACGAGUUUGAUGGAUGCGAAUGCAUCUGGAGCCAUGAGAUCGCCAUGCGUCGCCUUUUGACGCUGCUGCGACAGAAUCAGAAUUACUGCACGGACACCGAGUGCAUCGACUUGCCAUCCUCCAAUCCAGACAACCUUGGCACGGGAUUCACCACGAUGACCAUGUUCCUCGUGUUUGCUGUGAUACUUUUCAUGAUGCGCCCCAGUAGUCUGCGCCGCAAUGUAGGCACAACGGAAAAGCCAGUGGCCAAUCGUCCGGGAACCGAUGAUGGCGGGCCCCCACCAACCGUUGGCUGAUUGACAAUUCCAUGAUUUGCUGUCCUCGCUUUUUGAGGAGAUUCCGUGCUCUUUUUUUCUGUCUUCUUGCAAAUUGCCCUUUUUUUGCAAUGAUCCUUUUCAGCACACUUUAUCCCUCUCUUGUUUUAUUUUAUUUUUCUUUUCUUUUCUUUGAGAAAACAAUAUCUCUCAGUGUUUUAUUUUGUCCCAUAAAAUGGCUCGUAUUUUACAAUACACGCAGAAAAAAAAAUGUAUAGAAACGCAAUUUAAAUAAAAAAGUAUUAAUACCUCUA